AUGGAAAACCCUAAAUCUUCCCUAAUCCCUUGCCAAAAUGCAAUUCACAAGCACGAACUGAUUGUACAUUAUAAAAUCAAUUUUAAAAACGUAUGUCUAUUUGCUGUUUCGAUUCCACUAGGAGCCCUAGUAGUUUGUGUACUGUCUGCUCUUAUUUUUCAAUUCGAUGAUGUACAUGAAACACAUUGUAGGGUCUUUAACAUUGUACCAUCGAUAAGUGCUGUAACAGGGGUAAGUCCUCAAAGGUACAUUUGGAGGAUUAGUGUUGCUUUGCACAUUGGACCAAGAAUUACAUUAGCUGCUGUGUACAAUUCAUAUCAGUUAGGUAUUGUGGAUCCUUUAUCAAAGAAUAAAACACGAGCCCAAUUAUGGUUAAAUGUAGCCUAUUUUCUCAAUCUUAUUGAGGCAGCUGCAUUGUGUGGUGUUGCUUACAUUUCAAAUAGGGAAAAUUAUCCAAUUCAUGAAAAGCUCUUUAUAAUAUUUAUGGUGAGCAGCUUAACACACAUGCUGGCUUGUAUACAAGGUACCAAACUUGCUGCAGGAACUAGAGAUGAUUUGGAUUUUGAAACAAUAAAAGCUAGUUUAAAAUUUAAAAAAGAUAUGCUCGUAUUGUCACUGUUGUGUACUGCAGGUUUGGUUAUUUUUUUUCUGCAACAUCGAUUUUUUUGUAUUAGGUUGGCAUUUAGUAUGUUUGCAUUAUUUGAGUAUAUCAUAGCAGCAGCGAAUAUGGCCUUCCACAUAUCAACUAUCAAGGAUUUUCCCACUGAAGAUUUUGUGGUUGGUAAAUUUAUUGUUCCAAAUCCAGUCUCGUCUAAUAAAAAUUGCGCUGGUGAUAUUGAAGUAGCUACACGUGAAAAACACGAUUAA